AUGUCAUUCAACAUCGUCGUAAUCGGCGGCUCCUAUGCAGGGAUUGGCGUCUGCCACGGCCUGCUGCAGAAGAACUCCGACCGGAAGAUCACAGUAACGCUGAUCAACCCGUCCACGGAGUUCUACUUCAACAUCGCGGCGCCGCGCAUCGUCGCCAAAUCCGAUAUGAUCGCACCCGAGAAAUACACCUACUCCGUUCCUGAGGUGUUUGAGAAGUACCCGGCGGGAACCUUCCGCUUCGUGCAUGGCAUAGCUAGCAGCAUCGACCUGGAAGAGCGGAACGUCCACGUCCAUGUGCGCCACGCCGCCAACGACAACGAGACGACCGAGGACAAAAAGAAGGAGGAGGUGAUUGCCUAUGACCACCUAGUCAUUGCAUCGGGAAGCACUACUCCCUCAACAGUCGGCCAAGACAGCUUCGCCGCGCCAUUCAAAGCGCCCAUAGACGGCGACCUCGCGGCAGCCGUGUCGCACACGCAGCGCGCCAUCCGCGACGCAAAGACGAUCGCCAUCGGCGGCGGGGGUCCCGUCGGCGUCGAGUUCGCAGGGGAGAUCGCCGAAGCAUACGAGAGCGACACGAGCAAGAAAUCCAUCACGCUCAUAUCAGGGACGGCGCGGCUCCUCCCCACACUCCCCGCCAGCGCGCAGGAUGCGGCGGAGCAAACCCUGCAGAGCAAGGGCAUCCACCUGCAGCUGGGGAAGCUCGUCAACCGAGCGGAGUCCACCACAGACGGCGGGUGGACCGUGCACUUGUCGGACGGGACGACCCUGACAGUGGACCUGUUCAUCUCAGCGAUGGGCACGCUCCCGAACAGUGCGUUUAUCCCGGAGUCACUGCGGGAUGAGAAAGGGUGGGUCACGGUCGACGAGCACCAGCAGGUGUUGAACCGACAGGGCCAGGCCGAACCGCGCGUCUACGCCCUAGGCGACAUCACGUCGUAUCCGGACCGGCUGCUGCUGCGGGUGCAGCCGCAGAUUCCGAUCGUCGUGGCGAACGUCCAGCGCGCUGUGGAGGAGCGCCACACGGCGCUGAGCUCGUAUUCGCCGGCGGCGCAGUGGACGGUGAUGGUAGUCCCGGUGGGACGAUGGACGGGCACGGGGGCGAUCGGCGGCUGGCGCCUUUGUGGAUGGCUUGUGUCGUUGGCCAAGGGCAGGGAUUUCUUUAUUGGCAAGGCGGCGUCUUUUAUCCGAGGGUGA